GCACACUCAAAUCUUUCAUCGCCUUCUUCACGAGAAUCUUCUGAUAAAUUUCUCAAGAACCCUAAUUUCUUCAGAUCUUUUAAAUUUUCUGAGAAAAUGAAGGUUGUCAAGUGCUCAUCACCAACAUUCUUUCAAAGCUAUCUGCAAAUGAUAGCUGCUCAAGAACUCUCCGAAUUUCUUCAAAUGGAGAUUCGCCUCAAAUUCGAGGAAGAAGUUCUUGAAUUCUACAGAAAUGGAGAGUUCAAAACUGCUCAUUCAAAGAAGAACCCACAGAAGACGUUUCCAGUCAUCAAGUCCACUCUUGGAGGUACAAAAGUGAAGCUUUCGCAAAAGAAAUUGGGAGAAAAGCUUCGCCUUCCCAAUUCUGGAGUUGAAGUUGGGAAAUUUCCAGUCAAAAAUCUGGACUGGAACAUCAUUGGAAUCUCUGUGCAAGUUCCUUCUGGCCCAGCGAAGAAAGCAGAUCUAAACAACGAUUACAAGUUGGUUUUGGAACUGGUCAUCGCUUGCCUCGAGUGUGGAAGUGGAGGUCAUGCCGAUGACAUCACCCAGGAGAGAGCCUUCAUCAUCAACUCUCUCAUUACCAAAACUAAGGUAAACUGGGCUGCACACUUUUUCAAAUCCAUUUCAAAACAUCUAGGAAAGCACAAUCAGAAGUAUCUCUGUCAAGGUCUGUAUAUUGGACAUAUUUUGGAAUCUAUGGGCGCUGCAGUUAAAGGGAAAAAUCAACUUCAACUCAAAGAGAUCAACAAAGUCAAAGAGCAAAUAGCGAGUGUCACAGUUAGUCUCCAAAAACAGAUGUCCCUUCUCCAAAUGGACAUCAGAUCAGCCCUAGCAGUAGCUUCUGCAAAUCAGGUAGUGACCAAAGACUACUUGAAGGUGAUCAUUGACAAUCAAAAGGAAGCAUACAAGCUGUUCAGACUUAUUGGCGCAAAUUCUGGAAACCGCAAGAUGGAAGUAAUUCUCCAACAACACAGUCCAUCUCCAAUACCACAGCUCCCUAUUGCAGUCAAAGAAGGAGAAGUAUCUUAUAUUCCUUCUCAUCUGAACUUGACAAAUCUAAUCCUUGAAGCACAGCAAAGAAAUCCGGAAAACUCAGCACAGCUUCUAUCCAGCUCAGGACUGGAUGGAACAGAAUUUAUAGGUACAGUUGUUGACCACUUCUCAAAUGAUGCUCAAUCAGAAGAAAGACGUGAAAAUUUAAGGCGCAUCAAAGAACUGUGUGGGAACAUGAAGGGCAUCAGUGAGGUUGCCGGAUCUUCAAAGCGCAAGAGAAACUGAAGGUUCUUUUCAUCAAAAAAGGGAGAAAGUAUGUGAGAACACUAAUGUGUUUUGAUGCAAACACCUUCUUGUUUAAACAUUGCUUGAUUGGUUUAAACAUUGCAAUAUUGCUUCAACAAUUUUCUUAAUUAUGCUUAUUAUGCUUGACUAUACUUAUCUCAAAUAUGAUUCUGAGAAUUUUUUUUUGAAGCGCAUACAUUCAGGGGGAAUGUAUUUCAGGGGGAACUUAACUAGUUUUUGGCUAACAAUUGUUUUUGGCAAUGAAUUAUUGAUGAGCUC